AUGUCAGUCCACAGCGACAAUAAGGAAUCACCGCACCCACCCAAGGUCGAUGAGGCACACGAACAGAUUCAGAGAGCUGAACAGCCAUAUACCAUCUUCAGUUCGCGGGAGAAAAAAUGGAUUAUUGCCGCAGUUACCGUGAUUGCGUGCUUUUCUCCGCUCGCGAGCAAUAUUUAUUAUCCUGCUUUGAAUGCCCUGGCAACUGAUCUCCAUACAUCUUUGUCUUUGAUGAAUCUGACCCUUACCUCGUAUAUGAUCAUUCAAGCCAUCUCACCUAUAAUUAUCGCAACGUUCUCUGACGUCACUGGCCGACGACCUGCAUACUUUAUUUGCUUUAUAGUAUUCAUAGCAGCCUUAUUACAAAGUGUCCGAUAA